CAACGAUUCUAUUUUUAAUAGUCAGGCAAGUGUAACUUGCUGUUUAUAGUUUCAAAAUUACAAUUAUAUUUUACAAAUUUCGCGGCAAGGAUUAAUAAAGCGUUACGUAAGUUAUGUCUGAAGAAUCUGCAAUGUCAUUACGUUUCGAUGUGCCGUAUAAAAUUAUAUUUAACUGGCUUCAAACACGAGACGUUCUUCGAUGUAUGCAAGUUUGUAAGUCUUGGAAGGUAUUAAAAUGUUAUUUAAAGUUCAUUAUUAAUCAAAUGUAUAUUAUUAUAUUUGUUGUUUUCUCCAUGUAGUAUUUUAAUAGACUAAUAAAUUAUUAUUAUACCGUAGAAUAUUACAAACAAUAUUAUUGUUGCAACUGCAUAUGAUAUACUGUAUGAUAUCAACAAUAAACAUGAUCAAGGGGCAUGUCUGUCCUAUUCUUUGUUCCUUUAAUGCACCUAUCAAUGUUUUCCCCCUGAGGGGGGUUGCGGGCACCCAGGGGAAUUUUGACAUUUUUAAAAUUUUGUUGUCAAAAUCCCCACUGUUGGGCAAGGAACGGCUGUCAAAAUUCCCCACUAUAUUUCCUAAGAUAACAAGGCACACAUAUGUUUUCCAAUGCGAACAUACAGUCUAUACUGGUUUAAACUUGGUAAAAAUUGAGACACUGUAUAUAAAAUACCUUUAUCGAUGAAACUUGAUCGUGCUUUUCCGCCAUACUUGUUACCAGGCCUUUAAUGUCAAAACCGCGCAAAUUUUUAAGAUGGCGGAUGUCAAAAUUUACCAACUCUGAGAGUUGAUGCAUAGGUCAAAUUCCCCUCCCUGGUGCUUCAUAGUGUGGUCAAAGUCCCCUGGGUUGCCCGCACCCCCAGGGGAAAACAAUGAUAGGUGCAUAAUACUGGUAUUUAUAUAGCCAAGACACGAGAACCUGCAAAAGUGCCAAUGGUUGAAACUUCCGCUUCAUGAGUGCACAGUCUGUUUUGCAUUUCUUUCUGUAUCAUGUACUGUAGCAGCAGAUUUUGCAACUUUUAUGUGUGAACAUACAGGGAAUGAUAAAAAUGAUUAAUUUGCCAAUUUAUGGUAGCUGCUACAGUAAACAGUACAACAUAAAGUAUAAAAUGACAACAGAUUACAGAAUUGGAAAGGUCUUAUAAUUUGACUAUGGCAAGUAAUGCAAAUUACAUGUUUACUAGGAAUACAUGGAACAACUGCAAGCGGAGGAAUUAUAUAGUACCCUUGUUACAUGUGUGCUAGGGGAUUUAUAUUGUGACUGUUUUAUUAAAUAAUGCUUUACUAAUGGUAACUAGCAUGCAUAGCAGCCGGGGGUUUUUAAUUGUGGGAGGACUUGCACUGCAGGCAGGAAAAUUAGGGUUAAAGUCUUCCCAGAGACCUGGUAAUAUGCUAAAUAAAUGUAAUUAACAUGCACCCCCAUCCCCCCAGGCUUCCACCCCAAUUGGGUGUUGGAACCAUUGGCAAGAAUAUAACUGGAACGCUACCUUCAGAUAAACUGCCUAUAUUUUUCCGAAAGCCAAAAUCUUUGAGUCGACUGAUUGCGCGCUCUUCACACAUGUGAAAAGACUGGAACUGGCCUUCAAGUUUGGCGUCAAAUUUUUGGUUGAAGGCAGCGUUCCAGUUAUAUUCAUUGGAUAUGGAUCAUGUGCCCCCCAGUUUGUUUUAGCGAGCCAGAUUUUCCAGACUAAUAAAUUAUUUUCCAGAUUAAAAUUGUAAUUUUCUAAUGGAAAUGAACACCACCUCCCCAAUCCUAGAAUACAUUAACCCAUUUAGCCAUCUGGGCACAUUUCCACUUAAAGGGUUAACAGCUGGGUGCAUGGGCACUAGUCUGAUUAACCCAUUGAGUGGCAGCACUCUCCCCCUGGCGAGUAAAAUCGUCUGGCGUUAGACAGAGUAAAAUAAUAAAGUGGGCACAUAAUGCCAUCUGGGCGCAUUGUUAAAUAUCCAAUCAAUCCCUUUGAAAUUUAGCAAAAAUUAGUUGAAAUCAUUAAUUUACUGUAUGACCUCAUGUCACUUAAAAAUAUUAUUUUUGAUAAAUAUUUGAAGUGGGCACAUAAUGCCAUCUGGGCGCAUUGUUAAAUAUCCAAUCAAUCCCUUUGAAAUUUAGCAAAAAUUAGUUGAAAUCAUUAAUUUACUGUAUGACCUCAUGUCACUUAAAAAUAUUAUUUUUGAUAAAUAUUUGAUUAACUAGCUCAGAAUAUUUUGUCAAUUUUUAGGCUCAGCUAUCGGAUUUACACUUCUGGAAGGAAUUUAUCAAGGAGAGUUUUGAUUUAACUGUCGAAAGUGAUAUUGAGAAAUUAGAAGGUUCAUUAUAUAAGUGGUCACAUCCAGACGUUUGGUAAUCAUUGGCAUUUGGUGUCCUUAA